AUGUUCGUGCGAUCCGAAAAUUCUUUGCGACGAGGAGCGCUGGCGGGCGCGGCGCUGGGCGAGCUGCCGGCCUUGGUUGCUGUAACGAGAGCGAUGAUCGCCGUGCUCCCGGCUGCGGGCAAGGCAGCGGCGGCGCUCGUGGUGGCGGCCGAUGUCGCGUCGCGGCUCCAGCGGUCCGUCCCCGCCUGGACGAUCGGCAGCGACGCCGAGGAGGUCGCGGAAGCUGUGCGCAAGGUCGCUGGCGAUGCGUCCUUCUGGCCGACGCCGUGGCUCGGCGGUCUCUUCAGUGGGCACCUGCAGACGAUCUGGUACGGCCUCAACAUCUUCUCGCCUCAGAUCGCGCACCGCGAAGAUGUGUGGCGCACCGCAGACGGCGGCACGCUCGCGCUCGCGUGGCCUGACGUGCCGGCCUCCGUCGCAGCCGACGCGCCCAUCGUCCUCAUCCUGCCGGGGCUCUGCGGGAGCAUUGCGGGCACGGCGCACACGCUGCGCGCCAUGAUCUCGCAGGGCCUGCGGCCGGUGGUGCUGCACGCUAGGGGCUGCGGCAGGCCGCUCACCUCGCCGCGCUUCAGCCUGUUUGGGUCGACCGAGGACCUGCGCGAGGCGCUGAUGCGCAUCCUCACGCAGCGGCCGGGCGCGAGGCUCCUGCUGCACAGCAUCUCAGCCGGCACAGCGCUCAUGGUGCGGUACCUCGGAGAGGAGGGCGCGGCCACGCCGGUCGCCGCCGCCUUUGCCAACUGCCCUGGCUACGACAUCUCUGUCUGCCUCUCCCGCUGCGGCGCGCUGUACGAUUCGGCCUUCUACAUCGGCGUCCUCAAGCGGCACUGGCUGCGCGGUCAGAACGGCGCCGUGCUGCGCCGCGCCGCCCCGGAGGUGUGCCGCCGCAUGGAGGAGAGCAGGGACAUGCACAGCUUCAUGGUUGCCGCCUCGCCGUUCGCAGCCGCGCCAGAGGCGCCGCCAAAGGAGGGGCUGGGCUCGCCCGCCUCCGUCAUCGGACGCGGGAUUGGCAGCGUGCCUCCGGCGGCCGCGAGAACAGAGGCGCGGCCGAGGGCGCAGACGUGGAGCCCCGGCUCCUCUCGUGCCGCCGCCCGGCCCUCCGACGCGAGCAGCGGCGUCCUCGAGGCAGACGCCAGCACCGCGUUUGCAGCCUACCUGAGCCGCUGCAACCCGAUGGGCGUCGCGCACCGCAUCACGGCGCGUGAGUCAUAA